AACAAAAUAAAAAAGGCCAACACAUAUAUUGUGUGUGUAUAUAUACACAUUUUAGGGCUUGUUCGAUCUCUACUCAGUGUAAGCCGUACAGUUUGUUCAGAUAAUCUGGUUAUUCGAUUAUCAAUUAUCUCUCUCGUUUCUCUUUUCUCAUGAUAAAGUUUGAUAAAUUGUGGAUUUGAGUGCGGAGUUUGAAUUGCGGUUAGUUAAUUGUGUACUGGUUUGUGUGAGUAACGGAGAGGUGAUCGUUUCCGUGUUCCGAGCUGUUCCGUUCGUGGUAGUUAUGAUUUGUUAUUUCGGUUGCUCGGAGUUUGAAUAAGAAGUGGAAUGGCUCAGCAAUCGUCGCGGCUUCAUAGGCUGCUUACUUUACUGGACACUGGCUCUACACAAGCAACAAGGUUUACAGCAGCUCGGCAGAUAGGGGAUAUUGCAAAAUCAUAUCCACAGGACUUGAACUCCCUGUUAUUUAAGGUUUCUCAAUACCUCCAUAGUAAAAACUGGGAUACUAGAGUUGCUGCUGCUCAUGCCAUCGGAGCUAUCGCUGAGAGUGUCAAGCAUGCAUCGUUGACUGAUCUCUGUAAGUGUGUCGAAAAGAAGAUGUUAGAGGAAGAGAUUCCUGGUUCUGCAGAAGAAGUUGUUGCAUGGCCCAGCUAUGAUUCUAAUUUUGUUACCGGGGCUUCUUUAAGAAGCUAUGACCUGAACAAGGUGUUGGAGUUUGGGGCACUGUUAGCAUCUGGUGGGCAGGAGUAUGAUAUUGCAAGUGAAAAUACCAAGAACCCAAAGGAGAGAUUAGCUAGACAAAAACAGAAUCUUAAGAGGCGACUGGGUUUGGAUGUGUGCGAGCAGUUCAUGGAUGUCAACGAUAUGAUUAGAGACGAAGAUCUUAUUGCGCAGAAAUCUCACUCUCCUGCAAAUGAUAUAGCGUCACAAUAUUAUAAGUCAAGAUCAAUGCAUAAUGUCAGGCAACUAGUUACAAAUAUGGUUCCAAGUUUCAGAUCUAGGAGGCCAAGCGCUAGAGAAUUGAAUCUUUUGAAACGCAAAGCCAAAAUUAAUAUGAAAGACCAAACAAAAGUUUGGGGCAACGAGGCUGAUAUAGAGGAACAACAUAUUCAAGAAGUGGCUUCACCUAAGGGAUUUCGUCCAGACUUUUCGACCCAUAAUAAGGUACUUUCAGAUUCUAUUACUGAUGAAGACGGCAUUGAGGAUGAUGGAGAUGAGGUCUGGCCUUUCCAUAGCUUUGUUGAACAACUCAUUCUUGACAUGUUUGAUCCUGUUUGGGAGGUUCGACAUGGCAGUGUCAUGGCUUUGAGAGAAAUUUUAACGCAUCAAGGUGCUUCUGUGGGGAUUUCGAUGCCUGACCUCGGUGGUGAUUGUGCGUUGCCCUCUGAUAAUAAAGAUAAAAGUACCAGAAUUACAUUGAAGAGAGAGAAAGAGAUUGAUUUGAACAUGCAAGUUGCAGCAGAUGAGUAUGUGUCUACUCCGAAGAGACUAAAGCUGGAAGACUCAUCAUCCCAGAUUUUAGAUGUGAUGAUUCCAAGCAGCAUUAAUGGUUGCUCUGAUGGGAGUAUAAAAGUUGAAGCUAGUAGUAUGAUUUUGGGUUCUCUGCAGGCUAAUGGCGAGCUUACUGCUAGUUGUGUAAAGGUGGAGUACGAACCUUGCGUUGGAAGUGGUGGGUGUUCAUCCGAAGCUCUGGAUGGGUUUAAAGGAAAAAGUUUUUCAGAAAGUAAAGUCUCCAUUGGAAAGACUGACUUGCUAAAUGUUAUACCUGAAAAUUGUGAGCUGACGAAAUUUGUUAAGCUGGCUAGGCAUUCAUGGCUUAAACAUUCAGAAUUUCUUCAAGAUUGUGCUGUGCGUUUUUUGUGUGUAUUGUCACUUGAUCGUUUUGGGGACUACGUCUCUGAUCAGGUUGUUGCUCCUGUUCGGGAAACUUGUGCACAAGCUUUAGGUGCCGUGUUCAAGUACAUGCAUCCUAAGCUAGUUUUUGAGACUUUGAAUAUAUUAUUACAAAUGCAGUGUAGACCAGAGUGGGAAAUUCGACACGGUAGUCUUUUGGGUAUCAAAUAUUUGGUUGCUGUGCGACAGGAGAUGCUUCAUGAUUUGCUUGACCAUGUUCUUCCUGCAUGUAAGGCUGGGUUGGAAGAUCCUGACGAUGAUGUUAGAGCAGUUGCUGCAGAUGCCUUAAUACCCACUGCAUCUGCUAUCAUCUCUUUAAAGGGUCAAACUUUAUAUUCUAUAGUUAUGCUGCUAUGGGAUAUCUUGCUUGACCUAGAUGAUUUAAGUCCAUCAACUAGCAGUGUAAUGAAUCUUCUGGCAGAAAUAUAUUCUCAGGAUCAGAUGAUGUCCGGAGCCUUGGAUACAAAAAAAGACCCUGGAUUUGAUCUUAAUGAAGCAUUUUGCGCAGAUGAAACUGGAGUAGGGAUGAACUCCAAAGAAAAUCCAUUCAUGUUAUCGGUAUUGGCGCCAAGAUUAUGGCCAUUUAUGAGGCAUAGCAUUACAUCAGUUCGUUAUUCUGCUAUUCGCACUUUGGAGCGACUGCUUGAAGCUGGGUACAGAAAGAGCGUAUCUAUGUCAACUUCUUCCUUCUGGCCAUCGUAUAUUUUGGGUGAUACCCUCAGGAUCGUUUUCCAGAAUAUGCUGCUUGAAUCCAGUGAUGAAAUUUUAGAGUGUUCAGAAAGGGUUUGGAGGCUGCUUCUUCAGUGCCCAGUGGAAGACUUGGAUGCUGCUUCUAAGAUGUACAUAUCUUCUUGGAUAGAGCUUGCAGCCACUCCAUAUGGUUCACCGCUAGAUGCUAAGAAAAUGUUUUGGCCUGUAGCUAUUCCUCGUAAAAGUCACUUUAAAGCUGCAGCAAAGAUGAGAGCUGUAUAUCAUGAAUUUGAUGCAUCUAAAAAUAUUACCAUAGGUUCUGCAGAAGGUCCCAUUCCUCAGGAAAAGAGUGGAGAUACUUCCAUCAGCUCUGUUAAGAUAAUUGUCGGUGCUGACAUGGAAAUUUCAGUCACACAUACCCGAGUAGUUACAGCAACAGCUUUGGGAAUUUUGGCAUCCAAGUUAUAUGAGAUUUCUGCUGAAUAUAUAGUCGAUCCCCUAUGGAAGACUGUCACAUCUAUAUCUGGAGUUCAGCGCCAGGUAGCUGCGAUGGUUGUAAUUUCUUGGUUCAAAGACAUUAAUAGCAGAAGCCUUUCAGAUGUCAAAGGCGCCAAAUCUGACUUAUUUAUCAAUCUUAAGAAUUGGUUGUUGAAUCUGUUAGCAUGCACUGACCCUGCAUUCCCCACAAAAGAUUCACUUUCUCCUUAUGCUGAACUUUCGAGAACAUAUGCAAAGAUGCGCAACGAGGCAAAUCAAUUGUUCGUUUCAGUCGAGUCAAGUGGCAUGCAUAAAGAUUUUAUGUCAUCUCUUAAAUUUAAUCUGCAGAGCCUGACUCCAGAUGAUGCAAUCAAUUUUGCAUCAAGUGUUCCACCAGUAACCGUUAAUGAUGAUGCUGCCGGGGAAGACUCUGUAGGGAGGCCGACUGCUGAUGAUUGGGAAUCGCUAAAGCAAAGACUUUUAACUACUUCAGGUUAUUUAAAAUGCGUUCAGGGCAACUUGCAUGUUACUGUAUGUGCUCUAGUUGCUGCAGCAGUUGUUCAUAUGUCUGAUCUUCCUGCAAAACUAAAUCCAGUUAUUUUACCCUUGAUGGCAUCAGUGAAAAGGGAACAGGAGGAAGUACUGCAGGAUAAGGCAGCUGAGGCCCUUGCUGAACUUAUAUAUCACUGUACUGCACGCAAGCCUAGUCCCAAUGACAAGCUAAUUAAGAAUAUUUGUAAUCUGACCUGCACGGAUCCACGUGAAACUCCUCAAGUUGGAGUCCUUAGUUCUUCAGAUAUUCUUGAAAAUCAGGAUUUCAUUGUAACUAGUAGCAGUAAACCGAAGUCAAAAACCCAGAUGGUGGCUUCUAGUGAAGAUCGAUUGAAAGCAGAGGGAUUUAUUAGUAGGCGAGGUUCUGAACUUGCACUGAAGCAUUUGUGCAGUAAGUUUGGUUCAACAUUGUUUGAUAAGCUUCCUAAGCUGUGGGACUGCCUCACAGAAAUCCUGAAGCCAGUUAGUAUUGAGGGGUUAACUGCACCAGAUGAACAUAUUGCUCAGUCUAUUGAUUGUGUAAAUGAUCCUCAGAUGUUGAUAAAUAAUAUUCAGAUGGUAUGUUCGAUUUCUCCCUUCCUGGAUGAGAGUAUAAGACCAAAGCUACUCAUGCUUCUUCCAGGAAUUUUCAGAUGUGUUCGCCAUUCUCAUGUAUCUGUUAGACUAGCUGCUUCUCGGUGCAUUACAUCAAUGGCCAAAUCAAUGACGGGGAAUGUGAUGGGUAUCAUAAUUGAAAAUGUUAUUACCAUGUUGGGUGACAUGACAUCUGUACAUGCCAGACAAGGAGCUGGAAUGCUUGUUACGCUGCUUGUUCCUGGAUUGGGAGUGGAGCUGGUCCCUUAUGCUUCUCUGUUAGUUGUUCCUCUCCUAAGGUGUAUGAGCGAUUGUGAUCAUACUGUGAGGCAGAGUGUCACACACAGUUUUGCUGCACUUGUACCUCUUCUUCCACUAGCUAGGGGACUCGACCCACCUAAAGGCUUAAGUGAAGGCUUGUCCAAAAACACUGAAGAUGCAAAUUUUCUGGAGCAACUUGUUGACAACUCACACAUAGAGGAUUACAACCUUGCCACCGAAUUAAAAGUCACGCUAAGGAGGUAUCAGCAGGAAGGUAUUAACUGGUUAGCAUUUUUGAAGCGUUUUAACCUACAUGGUAUCUUAUGUGAUGACAUGGGUCUUGGUAAAACUCUUCAAGCAUCAGCUAUUGUAGCGUCGGACAUAGCAGAACACCGUAACAGUGAUGAUAAUGGGCAUCCAUCUUCUUCAUUGAUUAUAUGUCCGUCGACCCUUGUUGGACAUUGGGUCUUUGAGAUAGAAAAGUUCAUUGAUGCCUCUGUAAUAACUACACUCCAGUAUGUUGGUUCUGCUCAAGAACGAGUUUCGCUUAGUUCCCAGUUUGAUAAGUACAAUGUCAUUGUAACAUCGUAUGAUGUGGUUCGGAAAGAUAUUGAUACUCUUAAACAGGUUUUGUGGAAUUAUUGUAUAUUAGACGAGGGACAUAUUAUCAAAAACCCAAAGUCUAAAAUCACCUGUGCUGUAAAACAAUUAAAGGCCCAGCAUCGUCUCAUACUGAGCGGAACUCCAAUUCAGAACAAUGUCUUGGAUCUGUGGUCCCUUUUUGACUUUCUAAUGCCGGGGUUUCUUGGUACUGAUAGACAAUUCCAAGCCACUUAUGGAAAACCCUUGCUGGCAUCCAGAGAUUCUAAAUGCUCAGCCAAGGAUGCUGAAGCAGGCGCACUUGCCAUGGAAGCAUUGCACAAACAGGUUAUGCCCUUCCUCCUACGUCGAACAAAAGCUGAAGUCUUGUCUGAUUUGCCGGAAAAAAUUAUCCAGGACCGAUAUUGUGAUCUGAGCAAUGUCCAGUUAAAACUUUAUGAACAGUUUUCUGGUUCACAAGUAAGGGAAGACAUUACAAGUAUGGUUAAGGUGAAUGAGGCUGACCAUGGAGAAGAAAUCGCUUCGUCAAAAGCAUCAUCCCAUGUUUUCCAGGCACUUCAGUUCUUGCUAAAACUUUGUAGUCAUCCGUUGCUCGUUGUUGGUGAAAAGACUCCAGAUUCUCUCAUUAAGCUUCUGCCAGAUCACUUCCCUGCAGGUGCUGAUAUUGCUUCAGAACUUCAUAAGCUUCAUCACUCUCCAAAACUAGUUGCCCUUCAGCAAAUUUUGGAAGAGUGUGGGAUUGGUCUGGAAGCAUCAAGUUCUGAAGGCUCCCUAAAUGUCGGACAACACAGAGUUCUAAUAUUUGCUCAGCACAAGGCCUUUCUGGACAUAAUAGAAAAGGAUUUGUUUCACGCCCAUAUGAAGACUGUCACAUACUUGCGGCUGGAUGGCUCAGUUGAACCAGAAAAGCGUUUUGAUAUAGUAAAAGCUUUCAACUCAGAUCCUACUAUUGAUGCCUUGCUGCUUACUACGCAUGUUGGCGGUCUUGGUCUUAAUCUGACAUCAGCAGACACCCUUGUUUUUAUGGAGCAUGACUGGAACCCAAUGAGAGAUCAUCAGGCAAUGGACAGAGCACACAGAUUGGGCCAGCGUAAGGUUGUCAAUGUUCAUCGUCUCAUCAUGCGAGGAACUUUGGAAGAGAAAGUAAUGAGUCUGCAAAAGUUUAAGGUGUCGGUCGCAAAUGCUAUCAUCAACGCAGACAAUGCUAGUCUUAAAACAAUGAAUACAGAUCAGUUACUUGAUCUAUUUACAUCAGCCGAAAGCAAAAAGGGAGCUACUAUGUCGAAGACAUCUGAUAUGAAUGUUGAUAGCGAGUCUAAAUUACCUGGAACUGGGAAGGGGUUAAAAGCAAUACUUGGUGGACUGGAGGAGCUUUGGGAUCAAUCACAAUAUACUGAAGAGUACAACCUGAGCCACUUCCUAGCCAGACUGAAUGGCUAAACACAAGUGUAUGACAUGUACAGGAGUUGAUCUUAGAUAAAGUAUCUUGCAAAAAACAGUAGUGGCUGACUCUUAGUUCUACACCACGUGGUGCAGAUUCCUCAGUCAGUUGCUGAUGAUUUUGAUAUUUUUAGUAUUAGUUUUUUUGCUACCCUUAGCCUUUUCUUCUCUUUCUCUUUAUGUUCUUUAUAGUUGCGGAGGCCAUGAAGAUUCAGUUUUGGUUAGUCUUGACUCGGGAGUGAGUCUGGUUAGAGUAAAGCUAGGCCAAAAUCAGGAAAAAGCAAAAAUGUAUUGAGAUUGUAAAUACAUUAUUUUUUUCCCUCCUGAAAUGAAAGGUUAAUCUAACCCAAAGAGAUUUGAGCAAUGAUGUUUUAUAUCUUAUGAUUUAAGAAACCUUUUGGUUGACACUUGACAGAGAUAUCGCUGUCAUGGUGGUGAAGCUUAUAAGCAAUUAUGGGGACUGAUUCUAGAAACCCUUGUGACAGCAUCAUCACGGUGCCACUACAGAUGUGUUAACUGGUUGCUGGGAGCUGGGAAGUAUGUUAAGCUGAAACUUCUAAUUAAGCGUUUAUGUUCUCUGGUGGAGGUCCGGAGGUCCAGCAAUCCAACUAACAAUAAAUAGAUUUGUUCAUUUUUUUAGUUAUUUAUUUAUUAUAUUUUUCCAUAGUGAAUCCCCUGUAAAGUUUAUUAUGUGAGAUCUAUAAAAUUGCAUUAAAUAUUGAAGCAA